GGACGUAGCUAAUUCGAUUGAGUGCCAUACAAAAUAUUCCCUCUCUUAAGGUAAUUGUACCAUGUCUCAUAUCUUGUGCUCAAAUGACAUUCUCCCUCGUCCAGAGGUCUGGGUGAAUUGCAAGCAUGGAACCAGGCGGAACCACUUCUGCUGCACUGAAGAGCAAGAGGACCUCUAAUCUGCCCAUUGUGAAAAAGGUUACGGCGCCCGGAGCAAAGCAGAACCAGAACAAAUAUCCCCUCCCAGCAUCCUGGCAUCUUCUGCAGAGCAUGUUUACGGGACAACUAAUGCGAUAAAGUGAAGUCGAAACUGCUGCACAAUAUAUUUGGUACAUUUAAUUCUGGCACAUUCUGUAAAUGCCAAAAACAAUGCAGAACAUACCAUAAAGAAAAAAAGAUGGAACUAUCAAACAAACCAUCAAACAAACUAUCAAACAAACUAUAAUCAGAUUCACAUAAUAGCCUAGAUGAGCACAGAAAAAUACCACAAAAAAGUGGAUAUUCUGGCUCGUUUGCUUUUAAAAAUAACAUAGCGAAUAAAGAACAAUUUUGAUGUGGUAAAUUAUCCAUGAAUAUGGAAGAGAGUUACAUGUUUUUCUCUAUUUAAUAAGUUGAUGCCGAUUUUAGAACAAUCUUUGACCUUUGCUGAAUUAAGACGGCUUAAAUGGAGGCUUCGCUGCGUUUACUUUUGUGAUCCAUUUGCCCGCUGGAUCCUCGUGGAAUAACCUCAGGUGAAUGUGCUUGUUCAAAUCUGCCCGACCCAGUUAAUGCUUAACCACUAGCUGCUAUAUAAAGCCCAGCCUCCCGAGGGUCUGAGAUUCUUCCCACAAAGCAAGACAGAGGUUAUAGCUAUUCAUUACCAUCAUGGUAACGAUUCACUUGGACACGAGGCUGGUUUUCUUCGCGGUUUUUGUCGCUCUGAGCAGUGCAUUCCCCGGUCAAAGCGAAAGAGUGGAGCACCUGAUGGAGACCAGGUCCCGCUUCGCCAUGCUGGAGGACGUGCGCCUAGUGGCCAACGGCCUGCUCCAGCUCGGACACAGCCUCCGGGAGUUCGUGCACAAGACCAAGAGCCAGAUCACAGACAUCUUCCAAAAGAUCAGCAUUUUCGACAAGUCCUUCUACCAGCUGUCAACCAUCACCAGCGAAAUCAAAGAGGAAGAGGAGCACUUGAUGAAGACCACCAGCAUCCUAAAGGCCAGCAAUGAGAAGGUCAUAAACCUGUCACAGGAGAUCCACGCAAAGAUGAACAACAUCCUGGAGAACCGUAGUCAGCUUCAGCAGAAGGUGGUGGAACUGGAGGGAAAGCUCAGUGUCUUAAUCCAUGAGCCCCUCCCAGCAGACCAGAUGGAUGAGAUCUCUGCACUCAAGGACGUAAUCGAUGCCCAGGAAAAGUGCAUCUCAGACCUGCUGAAGGCAGUGAAGGAGCAACACGAGCAGCUCAGCGAGCAGAAGAUCAAAAUAAAGAUCAUGGAAGAGAAGCUAACUGAGGGCACUUUGCAAGCGACUGCAAUGGAAGCCGCCAGAUUUAACCAGGAGCCUCUUGUAGGGAAUCGGCUGAAUGCUUCAGCUACCGGGAGGUUUGAUUUAAACGACCUUCCCUCAGACUGCCAAGACGUGUUCGACAAAGGGCAGAGGAAUAGUGGAGUGUAUCUCAUCAAGCCAAACCAGUCCGAGCCUUUCAGCGUCUACUGUGACAUGACCGCAGACGGAGGGUCUACAGUCAUCCAGCGGAGGCAGGAUGGGUCAGUGGAAUUCGACCAGACGUGGGAGAAGUACGAAAACGGAUUUGGGAACCUUGAGCGAGAGUUCUGGCUGGGCCUGCGGAAGAUCCACUCCAUAGCCCUCCAAGGUGACUACAUCCUGCGCAUCGAGCUGGAGGACUGGAAACAGGGCAGGCGCUCGGCUGACUACCGCUUCAGCCUGGAGGGGCCGGCCUUGCACUACGUCGUCCACCUGAGACCCCUGGGCGGCAGCCUGGAAGAUGCCCUGGGCAACCAGACCGGAAUGGGCUUCACCACAAAGGACAGAGACAACGACAACGACGCUGAGGCCAACUGUGCUCACAGCUACACAGGUGGAUGGUGGUUCAAUGCCUGCGGAGACGCGAACCUAAAUGGGAAAUACAUCCACGGGAGGGCUAGGGGUCGAACAGAGCGAAGACGAGGCAUGCACUGGAAGCCCAGUAGAGGGAGCUCCUACUCCAUCAGGACAACCAAGAUCUCAAUCCAUUCUGUGCCACAGGACAGCAGCCCUCUUCAGAGACCAAGCCAUUGAAGGCCCAACACCCAUAUGGCUGAACUGCAAGAGCGGUGAAGCACACGUGCUCAGUCUGGCGGGGGCUGCUUAUUCGUCGUGACAGACCCCCAAGAAAAAGUCGCAUUUUUCGUAAGCAGCCGGCAAGUUUCCAGAAAAGCCGCAGUUAUCCAAAAGAAAGGUCCCAGCAAAUGGUUUGGCGCUUAUGCUGUUCAGAAUCCCAAUCAGCAAACCAAAGCAGAGACAAUAUUCAAUAUUACAGUCCCUUGUUAGACACUUGUGUAAGAUUCAGAAAAGAGAGACAAAUUGCCGUGUUUAUGACGUGGAACCACAACAAUAGAGUCAAACCGCUUCAGGUUUGGGCUGAAGAUGGCCCAAGGAUUUCUUACUGUGUACACUGAGAUGUCUGUCAGCUUUCUAAAUUUGCUUGGGAUUUUAACCUAGCCCUGUAUUUCAGCGUAGCACGAUGGUAACACAGAAUGGAGAGAAUGUUAAAUCAUUCAUAUGAAUCACAGAAUUACUGAGUCACAUUGACUCUGUUCUGCAUGUUGUACAUAUAAAUCUGUACUGUAAAUAUUUUCUUAUAAAUAUUGUAAAGAUGUGUUUACAGGUUCCUGUGGUAAAUCAUAUUUAUGAAGCUCAAAUAUUUAUGUGUUUUUGGUCAGAUUUCCUUAAGUAAGGACCUCUGAUUUCCUGUAACUGAGGUACUGAAGGAUGCUGUAACAUUUGGGGUCUCCUGGUUCUGAUUGGACUGUUGGGGAUUCCAGGGCCCUGCUGUCUAUCGCUUUUAGAGAGACACUUAUCGUGGAUUUCUGAGAAGUACCUCGCUGUGUAAACUAAAUGUGCACCUGUAUGCUUUAUAAUACAAACUAAUAAAGCAAGCAAAUAUUGAAAAGAA